AUGGCGAAUCUCAACGGCGAAGCGUGGACAAUGAAUAGAAAUUUCAGUCUUCGAAUGCUUCGAGAUCUGGGUUUCGGAAGGGCACCGAUGGAGGAGCACAUUAGGGAGGAAUUGUUCAACCUUGUCCACCAGAUAGAAGCGGCCAAAGGACGUGCUAUUCCUGUUCUGGAUUUCAUUUUCCCAAGCAUUCUCAACAUCUCCAGCGCCCUUUUGUUUGGAACCAGAUACGCAUUGGGCGACCCGAAGCGGGAACACCUAACAAAACACGUCGCGGCUUACGUGGAGCUAUUUCACAGCGGCACGCUUAUCGAGUCAAAGCCGCGCUGGUUGAGUAAAUUGGAAGCCAGCCUUCCUUUUACGAGGACAGGGGCCAUGCGGAGAUUACGCAACGUUCUGCUCGACUUCAUCAGGGAUCGGAUCAAGGAACAUGAAGACACAAUAGAGGCGGAUUUCAACCGAGACUAUAUUGAUGGCUACUCCAAGGAGGUUGCAAAACGUCAACAUGACUCCAAUUCUGCGUUUCGGGAGCAGUAUCUCUUGGGCAACAUAGCUGAGCUCCUCUUGGGCUCCGCGAGCAACAGCCCAAGUCUGAUCCACUGGCUGCUGCUGGUGUGCGCGCAGAAUCCCGAUAAGAUCCAGGCCAAGAUUCAGAAAGAGGUCGACGAUGUCGUCGGUCGUCAAAGGCAGCCCACGUGGGAGGACCGCAAAGCCAUGCCCUUCACCAUGGCCAGCGUGAUCGAGAUAACCCGAUGGAAAGUCAUCUUAGCCAUCGGGUUGCCUAGGGGAGUACAAAAGGACACAUCCAUCGGCGGGCACCACAUUCCUAAAGGAACUAUGGUCCUGGUGAAUGUCAUGGGAGUUCACAGAAAUCCGGAACUUUGGGAAAAUCCCAACGAGUUUGAUCCAACGAGGUUCUUGGUGGCCGAGGGUACUGAGCUGUCAAAAAAGCCGGAACAUCACAUCGCAUUCUCGCUUGGAAGAAGAAAGUGUCCUGGAGAAAUGCUAGGGAAUGUCGAGUUGUUCCUGUACCUUGCGACGCUCCUGCAAAAUUUCAGCGUGUUUCCCGAAGAAGGAACGCAGCUACCAGAUCUCGGUUCUCUCGCCACGACAUGCUGUCAUCCUUCCGUCAAGAAGCUGCGCUUCGUGCCCCGCCGAUAG